AUGUUACAAGUCCAUAGUGUGAACAUCAUAUUAUCUUUAGUUUUGAAAGACACCCAGAAUGCUUUUCAGUCCCUAAUCAAAACUCGCAAAGAUCUCCGGAGCUCCCAACUGGAAGCUAAAAUUAACAAAGAUCAGCUCCAGUCCGCAAGACAACGGCUGGAAUCGAACGACGGAGGCGGCAUUCCAUCCGAUUGGAAUCGAUUUUCUAAAAGCUUGAAUAACAUCAUCAAAGUAGUAAGCGAACGGAAGGAUAUCGUAGAAUAUGAGCAAACCAUCAGAAACUUUUCCGAAGAAAAUGAAAGCUUGAAGAAGCAAAUUAACAGCUUGGCAACCAAUCACGAGAAAGCCCUUGAGAAGCAAAAAAAUGACCUCAAGAAGCAAUUGGACAAAGAGCUGGCUCAACAUUCCAAGCAAAUAUCGGAGCUAACUAUCGACAAGGAACUGGCUGCUUCGGAGGCUUCGAUCAAGUACGAUCAGUUGCAAUCGCGGCUGGAACGGUUGAACUCGGAAAACGAAGAUCGCUGCAAAGCGAUUGUGGCGCAAUACGAGAAGCUAGUUCAGUCACUAUCGGACCAGAAGCACAAGCUAAGGGAGGAAAAUAUGGCCUUGCAGAGGCGGGAAGUGGAACUGCGUGAUCAAUUCGAACACCUGCAGAAUCACUCGACUGACUUUCUGCUGGGAAUGGGUCGCAGGAUUUCCCCUAUCGGUGGUAGUCAACGCUAUGCUGAGGUUGUGGAAACGGUUCCUCUACUGGGAUCCAGGGUGGAGAAUAGCAGUCAACAGUCUUCGCAAAUGAAGGGAAUUGAUCGAGGUGAGACAAGUGUACCGGAGACGGUAGAAGUGAGCUCUAGCAGCAGCAGCAACAGCUAUAGGGCAAAAAAUCACGGCAGCCCGCAACAUCCUGGAGUUGGUGGCCACGUGGCGAAGCCACGCAAGAAGAGAAAGCUCUUCAAUCAGAUCAGCAGCGAAUGA